UACUUUAGUACACAUUCAUUUCAAUGACGGCAACACUGUUUUCAAGCCUUUUUGACAUAAUUUCCCAUGUGUUUUGAUUCUUUUAUUUUUGCUCGUCGAUAAAAUUAGUAUUUUUCCGCAAAAUGCCGAAACAUAAGAAGAAAUUUAUCGACAAGAAGAACGCAGUUACAUUCCAUCUUGUACACAGAUCACAACGAGAUCCAUUGAUUACUGAUGAAACAGCCCCACAACAUGUUCUUCUCGCAGAACCACCAAAAGAUGAUAAGGUAAACGAUUUGGUAAAACGCAAGAAAGAGCAAAACAAAUUCGGAAUUUUCUUCGACGAUGAUUACGAUUACCUGCAACAUUUGCGCGAACCAGACGACAGAGGAGUGCACUGGGAGUACGUGGAACCGGCAAAUGUGAAACAGGAUGAUCCAGCGAAAACCGCACACAAGCCGAAUCUACAGCUUCCCAGUUCGGUUUUUGCGUCCGAAUUCGAAGAAGAUGAGGGAAUGUUACGGAAAGCAGCACCUCGAUCCGGUCCGAGACCCGAUCUAGAUCCCGAUAUUGUAGCUGCUUUAGAUGAUGAUUUCGAUUUCGAGAAUCCGGAUAAUCAGUUAGAGGAUGAUUUCAUGAAUAAGAUGAUGGGAGAUGAAAACGAUGAAGAAGAUGAUGAGUAUGAUGGAAGCGAUUUCGAGGCCGAUUCCGAUUACAGCGACAAUGAGGAACGUGACAAUUUAGGCCCAAUGCGAUCGUUUAACGAUGAAGAGUGCAAGUCACGCUUCACCGAGUAUUCCAUGUCCAGCAGUGUCAUACGGCGCAACGAACAACUGGCUCUGUUGGACGAACGUUUCGAGAAAUUUUUCGAAAAUUACGACGAACCAGAAGUGGGCGCAUUAGACUGUGAAGAAAUCGAAGGCGAAGUCAAUAUAAACGAUGAGCUGUUAAAUCAAUGCUGGGUCGAGUUUAAGCGGAAAGAAGAAGUGGACGAGUACAAUAAGGAGUGGGAUAUUGAUCGAAUCAAGAAAUUGCAAGAGGAAGGUUCAUCGGAUGAAGAUUUGGUGGAGGUGGAAGUUGAUGACGGCAAAAAGAAGUGGGACUGUGAAAGCAUUCUGUCCACAUAUUCGAAUCUGUACAAUCAUCCCAAAUUGAUCGAUGAGCCCAGACGCCGUUCCAAAAUUACCAUAAAUCCUAAAACUGGCGUUCCAGAGAACGUAUUCACUGGCGAGAACAAGCAGUUAACCACAAAAUCAUUAGCCAAAUUCAACAUUCAAAACAGUGGUCAAGAGACAUCACCAUCGGGCCCGAAAUCGUUGUGCGCACAAAGUGUACUCUCCACUCUCAGCGUUCUGUCAAUCCGACCCAAGGAUGAAACACCCGAAGAGAAACGCGAACGUAAGCGACUACUCAAGGAAUAUCGGUUCGAGAGACGAGCCGAACGGAAGGCUAACACACUGGCGUUCAAAGAAGAAAAGAAGCAACAGAUCCAGAUCAAUUUGAAUAAUCGCAAUAAUGUGCAGGGCAACCGGAUAGUGUAGUAGCAUCUUAUGAUUGAGACGGCUGGAGAUUAAAGGGAAAUAUUUAAUUUUUAAAAUU